GUCGAUUCAAUCACUCCCCGACCCCGGAUCACAUCGUUACAAUAUUGUCUACUAGUUUUACCCUUCCCGGACACUUGUAUACUUGCUUCUCUUACCUAAUCUUGUAUACUUUAAUAUUUCUCCUUUCAUACACUUGCUCUGGAACUAGCAAGUUGCAUUCGUUCCAUCCUAGCCAUUAUUGUGUGCCUUCCCGGUUCUGUGGCUUGAGAGAUCUGGAUAAUAGGAAUCUUAUAAUACUUACUGGAUCGUAGUCGAACGCCGCCGGCUUUACUUACCGCCCCAACCGGUCUGGAAUUCCUUUGUGUCCGUCUGGUUGCCUCACUGAAGUGGUGUGACAAGUCAGCACCUAAUUGAAGAGCUGUAAUAUCCGAAUCCAAUCGCAACAAUAUCUACUAGCUCGUGAUUUUAUACACAAUUGGUAGUGAAAAUGGACGCUUGAUGUUGAUAUGAUCGAACCUCGAACCUCUCCCCAAAAGUUAUAGAGGUAGAUAUGGCGUCCUUACGCGCGCGUUCGGAUUCUCGGACUAGGUCGGGUGAAGAAUCACGAUCGAGGCGAAGAGGAGUCAUGGAAACAUCAAAACAGGAUUUUCCACCAGCGCUAGGCCAGAUCGCCCGCAGGGAGGUUGAGAAUACUCGGCUUGGACUUCCUUCAACAUCGCAACCCAGGGCGCAACAGAGCCGAAUCCCCCAGAAUGCCUCAACUCGAAAGCUUUCCGGUCAGAAAGCUCUAGCAAGGCCUCCCCUAACUCACGAAACACAGUCAUGGUCGGCAACAUCCGCGCGUUCCGCGGCACAUGCCCCGCCGCCUUCUAUACCGAGUACACGUGGACGAGGGGAUCCUACUAAACCGCCUCGUACUGUUUUACGCCGGAAACAGUCAAGCAUAUCUCAGGGAAAGUCCAGUAUGCAAAGCCAAAUUCGCUCGAACUCCGGUAGGUCCGACUCAUCGUCUUCGAUACCAAGGUCACAGGCGUCUUUGGAUACUAGCGGGAAUUACUCGGAUAGAAGUAUCACUGCUAGUCCCGUGGAGAUUCGAACAGCGCAGAGGCUCGAACUGCCGCGGACGGCGACACAGUCUCCUCAGAUCUACCCUGAGUUAGACCGCUACCGGGAUCUAGAAUUCCCUUCUUCGAGAGAUGGAUUGGGUAUAGAUCUCCCAUUCAAAAUUUCAACCGAGAACCUUCCGCCGCCAACACCACUCUUCUCCGGUGGAAGCAGUCACAGCCAGCUGAGCACUUUCAGUGCCAGUCCUUCCACUAGAUUCUCCGAGUCGCCUGGCCCUGGACCUUACAGCCGAGACACAACUCCGACCUCUAUGACAUCACAGUCUCCCGGACUCAUUCUACCGCACCGUUUUCCCGUUUCUGGAGCGAGGCGAGCGAGUCCAGCCGAAACGAGGCCGCCGGUGACAUGGAGAAGGGCCGGCAGUAUGUCGAAGGAAGGAGAUGCAAUAGGUACUGAUCCCCAUGGUCUUGCUGCGGUCAGGGAAGCGUUAAACUCGUCUUCGUCGAACUCGACAGUGCGUGCAGAAGAGAAGGAGAAAAGGACGCGCCGAGGGGUAUCGCCUGCGCCACCUAAUCCACCUCCGAGAAAAUCAUCUCAAAAGCUAAACAAGGGUAGUGGGGAAAUCCAGUCGCCGUCAAAAAUUUCUCGGGUACCAGCUCAGCCUAUGGCAAGGUCUCCAUCCCCAGCCAAAGCGACUCAACCAUCCCACCACAGAUCUCAGAGCAGUGUAACAUCCCCUAGGACCCGCCCAACUCCGCCCUCGCGGCCCAGCAGAGAUGGGACACCGGAUCUUUAUUCUCAAUUUGGCGGCCCAGUCCCUGUCAUCCAUAGCAAUCUCUCUUCAACGAGUCUCACCGAUAGACGCCAGAGUGGCCAAUUGCAGCCUAGUUCGUUACCAAGAUCAACUACCCCCUCUACGCAGGAACGUUCGAUAACUUCAAAAGCUCCCGUGGCUCGAGAAUCUACACCGGCACCACGACUAGGAGUUCCUCAGGCUGCCCAGCCAAGCCAAACAGAGCGGAGCAAACACACUAGGACACCUAGCCCCGCCACUUCGUCAUUUAAAACGAGAUUUCCUCUCUUUGGGCGGCGAACUAAGACGGCACCAGAAGUACCACAGGCAGAAAAGAAAGAAAAAACUACUCGAAAAGGUCCAGCUGCCGGGACAGGUCAUGAAGGAUAUGGCAGGAUCGGCUCAGUCAGAAGACGUAGUAGUAGCACGGCAAAUCCCCCACGUGGUCUACCAGGCUCAUUUGAGAGUCUUGCGAGCCUCCAAUCGACAGAUCCUUUCUUCCUAGAACGGAUGAAUCCAGUGAUAAUCGCGGGCGGUGAAGUGGUGGAAAAUCGAAACGCAAGCACCGAAUUGACGCGGGCUGAAAGCGACCAAAGUAUUCCAUCAAUUCGUCCAGGCAUUAGCUCAAGGAACAACUCAACUAUAUCUAAUUCUUCAAGGGAAGAAUUGAGACAGACCCUGUGGCCUUCGGCAUUUCCUCAUCGGUCGACUCAGUCUCGCCGCCCUUCAGAAAGUAGCGACUCGGAAGGAGUUUCGAUGAAACCUACUAUUGCAUUUAGAAGGUCAAUUCAGCGGCUCGGGUCCCCGAACCGGGCUCCAUUGAACCUACCAAAGCCUAUAGUAACUAGGGGAAUGACUUCUCCCUCGGUGGGAAGCAUAGAGACGACUAUCUUGUCUGAUGACUCCCUUCCUGAUUCUCGACCAGAAAAUCUUCGCGCGCAAGCUGAGUCGAAAGCAGCACCGCGGAAAUUGACCAAACGAGCCAAAUCCCCUCGAAAAUGGAACCUUUUCAGCCGGUCUCAAAGCCAACCUUCUAAGGAUCGGAAGAAGGUCGAAGCUAGUGUAUCCGCAGCAACAAAACCUGUCCAGGGCAAGCCAGUAGCCUACUACACAAUGAUGGAUUCUUCUGAACAAGAUGAAGGUGAAGAUCAAGAUGUCUGUACUAUCUUGAGGGAAGCAGAGAUUCUGGUCCCAUUCAUGCCUAAAAAUGAUGACGAUGAAGAAUUACCCGAGAGCAAUCAACCUACAGACCCAGCCCCCAUUCAUAGACCACAGGCCCGGGAGACUGCAGCAGGAUCAACGCCACACGACGUCUGCCCAAAACCGCUGAAACCAUCAGUGCCAAAAAGACAAGACGCAACCACCAAUCCAGCGCCCUCGGCUAAGCCAAAAUUUCGCCCGAGCCGACUCCCUCAAGUUGGUAGGAUACCCAAAGUUGUUACAACUCGCCCAGAACAGACUUCCCCGAAAAGCUUCUCCCGGCCAUUCUACCGAGUUAGCUUACAACUACCACCUCCCAACCUAAGUCGAGUUGACCGGGACUCAGUUGCGAAAGGUCCUAGCCCCACCAGGGCUUUAUCUCCGGAGCGUACUCAAACAGAGCCACCAGUAACAACAGGCGACUUCACUGGUGCCCAAAACGAGCCGCCCGCUAAGUUAUCGCCUCCUAAGCUUGACUCCCCUGACAAAGAGUUUCUUUCCUUUCCGCCCAGAAAAGACUCGGAGUGCACGACAAGUUCUGGGUCUGGCAAUUCUGGAUCAACAAAUCCCGUAUUACACCAACCGACAAAUGCCCUACCUACCGAGGAUGAUAUAUGGGAUGAGUAUAACGACUUCUUAGGCGACGCUCCACCAUCGGCAACAUCUUCUCGUUGUGCCCCUUUCCAUCUGGAAGCCUACGGGUCUAAACUAGCAGAUCAGUCAAACAUAGUACUCGAAUCACCCACAUUUAGCGCUCACCCAGCUAGGGAGAUUCGUGAUUCUAUUGAAACUGGAAGAGCAGCGACAUCGUCGAGUCACUUUAGCGCUGAUAUGACGGCUAGAAUCAAUCGCGCUUUCAGAUUUGAUACCGACCCACCAGCUACACCAUUUUCGGUCUCGGAGUUUGUGUCCGGGUACGGCGACCGCAGUAGCAAGAACUCACAGUUAAAUAAGGCAGUCUCUCCGACUAAACGAGAUAGUUCGUCUUCAAAUAAGAGCUCCAAGACUACGAGGGGCUCGGUCAGCAGCGAGGAAACGCCACUUUCUCAGGUCAACCUUAGAGUGGGUUCAAUGACGGUUAGCAAAUGGCUCUCGUUCGGCCAUGUGUUGUUCAGCCCAGUUCGCGAGGAUCUCAUCAAUGAUGUUGGCUCACUCAAGCGACACUCGAUUCUUGUCAUCGACGGUCUUGGCAACGAUGACUGGUCCUUUUACGCAGCGGAGACGUAUCCUGCUGCAACUUUCUUCAACUUAUCUCCGCGUGCACCAUUAACUCCCGAGCAACAAUCGACUCCCUCAUUCCCUUUGUCGCCGCCUAACCACCAUCAAAUCCAAUUUUUAUCGCACAAGGAUAAAUUUCCUUUUGGAUCUGACAGCUUCACGGCAGUUGUAUUCCGAUUCCCAGCUGUAGCCCCAGAAUCCCACUACCGCAAUAUCAUCUCAGAGGCACUCCGGGUUCUGAAACCUGGUGGAUAUAUCGAACUUUCUAUUCUGGAUGUGGACUUGAAUAAUGUGGGCCAUCGAACUCGACGUGCUGUACGUCAGCUGAAGGAGCGAAUAAGUGCACGCAAUCCGGAUUACAACCUUAGUAGCACGGCGGACCUCAUUCUUCGCCUUCUUGGUCGGAAAGGAUUUGUUGAUGUUAAAACAUGCCGUGUUGGGGUGCCUGUGGCGAGCGCGAUCACCAACGCUUCUAGUGCUAAGGGCAAGGGUAAGGCCAAGAAGGACGAGCGAAGUCUUGCGGAGAUGAUGAACGAUAAGACUGAGGUCGGCGACGAAAACAUCACGAAGAUGGUGUCGAAAGUUGGGCGAUGGUGGUAUAAUCGAUGCUAUGAGACAUUGCCUGGAAUGGGUCCUAGCAUCUGGAGCGAUAAGGCGUUGCUGGCCGAAUGUGAGCAACAGGGAACGAGCCUUAAGCUUAUGGUAUGCCAUGCGAGGAUGCCAGAGGCGAGAGGAAGAGUCGCAAGUAUAUGAUAUAUUUUGUGGAAAUAACGGACUGGACGCCAUCCGAUUCUAUUCACGACCGCUUCGACAAUUUGGAUUCGAAACCCCAACCUUCAUUUCUCUAUGGAUGGAUUCCACUUUUAUUCACUGGACUGACUACCC